UUUUUUCUUUUCAGUCUUUAAACUGCUUUUUCCUGUCCCAAAAGAGCAAGUGUUUCUUAAAAUGUCUGCAAUGCACUCUUAAAACGCUCUUGUCUAGAAGAGUUUACAAAUCUGUCAGCUCCUUUGAUCCUCCAAGCUUGCUUCUGAAGCUGUAGGAUUAUUUGAUGCCAUAAAAAGGGGUUGGUUUUCUUCUUUUGGGGAUUGAGAACCCUGAGAGGUAUUAACUGGGAAAUCACCUACUGCAAUCCUGAGCUUUUCAAUAUGUAAGAGGCUCGGUUGGGGAUUGAAAUACAAAUUAUGUGGGAGGCCCCCACCCAGCUGUCCUGCGGGAAAGGUAAUGGGAGUAUGAAGCAUGGUGCAGCUGUGGGUUCAUGGUAUCUCUUUCAGAUAGAGGAUUUGCAGCUGUAGCAUGAAGUUGAGUUAAUUUCCUGAGUGAGCAGUAACGGCCGGAGGAAGCGGCGGGUGCUGUUAACGGGUGCCGGGGAAACCGGGCAAAAAUGACUCUUCCUCAAGAAUUGGGACUCAGCAUGAGAGUGGCUUGGGAGGCGUUUCUCCCAUGAAAACCCAACAUGUGGGGCUUUAUUUUUAGGCGGAGGAUGUGGAGGGAGAACAGAUGUUCCAGAUGACUUAUUUUUAAAACAAAACACUGCUUGAGCUACAAAAUUAGCUCAGAAAAGCCACCGCUUGCCCUGAAAGAUGCUCGAAUGGAAAACUUUCUGGUAUCUCCAUUCCCAAAACACGUGGAAUAAAGGCUUGGAAGGACUUGUCCUGCUCCCAGCCCGUGGCCCCAGCUGGUAGCCAUGGGGCUCGGCCUGGGGACCCCUCUGACCCCACUCUCGCCGUUCCCCCCAGCUGGGUGCCAUGGCCCUGCGGCUGGGGCUGCUGCUGGCCCUGUUGGGCUGCACCGCGGCACCGGAUCCUGCCCUGGAGGAGGCCUGGGAAGGGUGGAAGAGCCUCCACGCCAAGGAGUACCCGGGGGAGACCGAGGCUACCCGCCGGGAGGUCUGGGAGAAGAACCUACGGCGCAUCCAGCAGCACAACCGGGAGGAGUCGCAGGGGCAGCACGCCUUCCGCCUGGCCAUGAACCACUACGGGGACCUGACGGACGAGGAGUUUGACCAGCUCCUGAACGGCUUCACCCCGGUGCGGCGGGAGAAGCCGGCACCACUCUUCCAAGUGUCGGCAGCCCUGAAGACCCCGGUGGAGGUGGACUGGCGGGCGAAGGGCUAUGUGACGCCCGUAAAGAACCAGGGUCACUGCGGGUCGUGCUGGGCAUUCAGUGCCACAGGGGCCUUGGAGGGGCUCGUCUUCAACCGGACCGGGAAGCUGACGGUGCUGAGCGAGCAGAACCUCAUCGACUGCUCCCGAAAGCUGGGCAACAACGGCUGCCACGGCGGCUACAUGACCCGCGCCUUCCAGUACGUGCACGACAAUGGUGGCUUGAACUCGGAGCACGUCUAUCCCUACACGGCCAUGGUAAGGGAAGGCGGGCGGCCCUGGGGACACGGCAGAGCAGUGCCGGCGGGUCCCAGCCCCGGUGUCACUCUCUCUCCCUCCUCUCAGGACACCUCCAGCUGCCGAUACAACCCCCAGGACAGGGCGGCCAACUGUUCUGCCAUCUGGCUAGUGGCCCAGGGCAGCGAGGCGGCACUGGAGCAGGCGGUGGCGACCGUGGGCCCCGUGUCCGUGGCGGUGGACGCCAGCAGCUUCCACUUCCACUUCUACAAGUCGGGCAUCUUCAGCAGCAUGUUUUGCAGCCAGCAGGUGAACCACGGGAUGCUGGCCGUGGGCUACGGCACGAGCCAGGAGCGUGGGCGCAACGUGAGCUACUGGAUCUUAAAGAACAGCUGGUCGGAGGCGUGGGGUGAGCAGGGCUACAUCCGUCUGCUGAAGGGUGCCGACAACCAGUGCGGGGUGGCCAACCAAGCCAGCUUCCCCGUGCUGUGAGCCAGGACAUCCCUCCCUCCCCGGGUGUCUCUCCCUGCCCUGGCUGCAGAUCCACGGCCGUUUCCUUCUGGAAUAGGAGCUUU